AUGGAUUCCACUCCAUUUUCCUCAACCUUCGUUAACUUUCCUCGUUCAUCAACCCCACCUGAUGCGGAUACAGAGGUGUCCAUCAGCGUUAUAGAGGUCGCAGGUGAUGCCGCUGGCGAUAACAAUGCGCAAUAUACCCACACUAUAGCCCCUACCCCGCAUUCCCCUGGAUUAUUGUCCCCCACCAACUGGCACCAGGAUCGGCCGCAUCACGUUAACUUCAUCCACCCCCGUUCAGCACCUCCGACGCCCCAAGUUGGGUUUAAUACUAUGUACCAUAUGAGGCAGUCAUUCUCUCGUUCCGAAGAGAACCUGGUGUUGUCCCAGGAUUACACCCUCUCUGCUCUCAAUUCGCCUUCUCCUGGUGCUGAAUCAGAGUAUUCUUUCACAUCUGACCAAGUAGAUGGCCAUCCACCUCACUCUCCCAUCAGCGAUACAUCCUCAAUACCUCAACCCGCGUUCAGUUUCCCCGCGAACGCUGGAUCCGAUAGCCCGCCGUCCUCUCGUUCAGAUGGCCAAAAUGCCUCUGAUGGUUUGCACCUGUCGCCUCACGCCUCACCUCAACGCAACUUUUUUACUGCUCCAGGACGUCUUGCAACUUUACAGCGCAGAUUACACACCGUCUCAGAUUCCAGGACUCUGAAUCGCCUCCACCAAUUUUCCCCUUCGCCCAGCCCAACACAUCUUCGUACCGCCUUGCCUCCGGACGAUUGCCUUGGGUCCUCAACAAACAAUGGAACACGCCUAUAUCUGACAGACCCACUGGAUGACCCUUGUAUCAACGUUCCCGAAGACCCCCUCUUUGGAGGAUAUUCCUCUGACAUCUCUUUCGAUCGCAUCCCUCCCUUGUACAACAUGCCAACAUCUGGCUCCUCUUCCUCCUCUUUCCUUGCAUCUCCCGCCUCUGCCUCCAAUGCCAAUGCCUUUUUCAACCCCAACAUGUCAACCAGCUGCACCCUAGGAAAUACACCAGUCUUACAACUUGGGGCUCAUGAUCAAUCGGGAAAUCUCCUCGGCGACUUCCAGCUCGACAACGACAAUUGGAUGCAGGGGAUGGAACAAGCCUCGCUCAUUGAAUCGCAGCAGGCAUCAUCUUCCAGUCAACUGAAUCCCGUGCCUUACCAAGCGGCUCCCACCACGUCUUCAGCUGCCAACGCCCUUGCGACCCAUUUGGCAGGCCGGAAUUUUUCUGCUGGAUCUGCUAGCGUACAACAGGCAGGAUCGGUAAACACCUUCAUCCCGGUAUCUGUGGAGGAUGGCGCGUCCGAAGAGAUGAAAGAGCAAAUGGUGGAUCUGUUGGCAGACUCCCGAAGCCGUACAGAGGCCGUACAAAAGAUCCAUGCUCUUGGCGUAGAAAAACGCAGCUCUGCGCCAGAUGAGCUGCUUCUGAAGGCAGCCGGCCGAAAAGUCGGCACGGAUGAAGUGCGAAAUGCAGCGCACAAACGAAAGCUAAAGUCAGCCGCCUUCAAAUGUGUACUUUGCCCUUACGAAUUGACCGCGAAAGACAAUUUGAAAAACCAUUACCGAUCGCAUCUGGACUACAAGCCAUGCCGUUGCACCAUGGAUAGUUGCGGAAUGGGCUUUGGAAAUCCCUCGGGACUCAAGCGUCACAUGGAGAAGAAACAUCAUUUCCGCCAACCCCUCAAACGCGGCGCUACUCGGUCGAAGAGUGUGCAUCGGCCAGAAAGCUGA